CAUAUGUUCCCUAUCUUCCAAUGUCCCAUAAACCCUAGCCGUAGAAAAAGCCAUACGAUUCCCUCUUCUUAUUUGGUUUCGCUUCUCCCACCAGUUUUCCUCGUUAAUCUUAUGCCCACAAAGCUCGGAAGGAGCACAAACUCUGCUCUAAUUGCAUUCGAGCCUCGUCAGGUCACGCUUGCAAAGCAGAACAUGGCGAAGAAGCUCUCUGCCGAAACCUUAGCAAACAAUUCUACUGAUAAAACCCUUAACAUAGACCAGAAGCAGGAGAAGAGUAAGAAGAAGAAGAAGAGCAUGAAUUCAUCUGACAGAGCUCUUCUUUUUCAUUCUAUUGCUGCCUAUCUCGAUCGGAAUGGAUUCUCUGAAACGCUAUCUGCUUUUCGAUCCGAAACCCUAAGCAAGAUUGAUGAUUGGAUGGGACAUUCUUUGGAUUUGGAGGAGAUGUUUUACAAGUAUCUGGAAUCUAGUAAAUAUCACAUGGAAGCAAAUGUCAAUUGUUCCAAGCAGCGAGAAAUUGCAGAUUUGCGAAAAGAUGGCGCUACUGAAAAAGUUGAGGGAGAGAGUAACUUUGAUGUCUCUGUGGAGCUCACAAAAAAGAAGAAAAAGAAAAACAAUGAGGAUGGUGCGAACUCCUUAAAUGAACAGCCUGUAGUGGGCAAUUGUUUAGCUAAAUGUGUUGAUUACUUGGACAAGAAAUUAGUGGAUGAGGUAAGCACUCAUAUACAUGUGAAAUCUAAAGAGAAGAAGAAGAAACACAAGCUAGAAGUGUCUGAGGAGCCUGCUAGUGAUACUUCUCAUGAACCACAGUCUGAUGUAUUGAAUAAAAGUAAAAAAGACAAAAAGAAAAAGAAAAGCAAGUUGAUCCCUGGAUCUCAUUUUGAGGAUAUUGAAAAUGGUGAAAAUGUUGCUUCUUCAGUAGCCAAGUUGGAUGCAGACGAUACCUAUUGUGUGGUUUCAUUGGAUGAGAAACAUGUUAAAUCUAAAGAUAAGAAAAAGAAAAGAAACAGAUUGGCUUCUGAAAGUCCAUGCUUUGAGGAUAAAAAGGAGUUUAAUCAAGGAGAUCCUAAGAAAACUGGUUUCACAGAAGAGGAUCUUCAGACGAAGGAUGAUAAUGGAGUUGAUAUAAAGAACAAGAGUUCCAAGAAAAGAAAAAGGUUGGUUUCUGAAGAAAGCAAAUCUCAGUCUGAUGGUGGAACAGGCAUUAGAGAGGCUCAACUGAGUAAGGAUGAGGGUCCGGAGGAGGACAAGGGAAGUCAGCAACAUCCCAAGGAGGCAAAAUCCAUAGGGGUUGAUGAAAAUGCUACCAAAAAGAGGAAAACACAUAAUGGCCAUAUUGAUUCCAAUAAUUCACGGGAAAUGUCUGUUGACAAUCAACUUGGUGGACUUGUCAGCAGGGACUGCGAGAAGGAUGGUAUAGAACGAUCCGCAUCAGAGAAAAUGAUCAAGAAACAGCACAAUGGUUCAGCUGAGCCCAAGACGGUUAACGCAUUUCAAAGAGUGAAAGUUGAACAAGUGAAGUUUGUUGAUGAGAGGCUUCAGGAUAAUUCUUAUUGGGCAAAGGAUGGUGCAGAAACUGGAUAUGGUGCAAAAGCACAAGAAGUCCUCGGCCAGGUUAGAGGAAGGGAUUUUCGCCAUGAAAAGACAAAGAAGAAACGUGGAAGUUACAGGGGAGGACAGAUUGAUUUACACUCCCAUUCAAUAAAGUUCAAUUAUUCUGAUGAAGAGUGAUGGGUGUCUGCUUCAGUGAGCAACAAAUUUUGUAAUUUUUUUUUAUUUCAUUGCUCUCAAGUCUCAAGUUUCUGAGAUGGAAACUCUUAUUUCUCUUCAUUAGUGCAAUAUUUCAUUAAUGUUUUGCUUAUCAUUAGAUACUGAUUUU